AUGCGGCUGCGCUCGGGGGUCUUCGCCUCCGCCUGCCUGCUAGUGCAGGCGCUGGGCGUCGGGCUCUUCCUCAGGGGCUUCUUUCCGGUGCCGGUGAGGUCGCUGCCUAGGAGCGGGGCUCUUUCUGGGCCGCCGGCGGAGCCGCCUCCCACAGGAUUCUCUUCCAACUGGACGAAGGUGCCAUCCCCUCUCUUUAAAAAAGCUGUCAUAGUACUGAUUGAUGCCUUGAGAGAUGACUUUGUGUUUGGCUCGAAAGGCAAAAGGUUCAUGCCCUACACAACCCAGCUGGUGGAAAGAGGAACAUCUCAUAGUUUUGUAGCGGAAGCCAAGCCACCUACAGUUACCAUGCCUCGAAUUAAGGCACUGACAACAGGGAGCAUCCCGGGUUUCAUCGAUGUCAUCAUGAAUCUGAAUUCUCCAGCCUUGCUGGAAGACAACUUGAUACAGCAGGCCAAAGCAGCUGGGAAAAGGAUAAUCUUCUAUGGUGAUGAUACUUGGGUUCGAUUAUUUCCAAAGCAGUUUGCAGAAUAUGAUGGAACAACAUCUUUUUUUGUCUCAGACUAUACUGAGGUUGAUGAUAAUGUUACCAGACACUUGGAUAAUGUGAUGAAAAGAGAAGACUGGGAUCUGCUCAUCCUUCACUACUUGGGGCUGGACCAUAUUGGUCAUCUGAGUGGACCACACAGUCCUUUAAUAGGGCCAAAGCUUUCUGAAAUGGAUAACAUCAUCAAGAAGAUUCACACUUCUCUCCUCUCCAAGGAGGAGGGAGAGGUGGCUUCACCCCACCUGCUCGUUGUCUGUGGCGACCAUGGGAUGUCUGAAACGGGGAGCCACGGGGGAUCCUCGGAGGGCGAAGUGCGAACGCCCCUGCUUUUUAUCAGCUCUGCUUUCGACAGGUCUGGGGGUCUCCUGAAACCUCCAGAGCUUGUUCAGCAGACUGACUUAGCCGUCACGCUGGCCAUAGGCCUUGGCUUGCCCAUCUCAAGGAACAGCGUCGGGCAGCUUUUGUUGCCUGUCGUGGAGCAGAAGACAGUGAGAGAACAGCUGCGGUACUUGCAUUUAAAUGGAUUCCAGCUUAGCAGACUUCUCCAGGAGAACAUGGCUACCUAUGAAAAAGAUCCUGGAUUCCAGCAGUUUAAGAUGGCGGAAAAAUCCCACGGAAGUUGGAUCAAGCUCUAUUUGGAGGGGAAUACCUCGGAAGUCCUCAGAAACCUUGGCAAAAAAGUUCUCAAGCAGUAUUUAGAGGCCAUCAGGGUCCUGAGCUCUUCCUUAAGCAAGCAAGUGGCACAAUAUGACACGUAUUCAAUGAUCGUGGGAACCGUCAUUAUUCUGGAGGUGCUGGUGCUGCUGCUCUUGAGUACCGCAAAAGCUCUAAGCAGCAGGGCGGAACUGGAAGUGCCUCUCUCCCCAUUGUGUUCUCUGCUGUUCUACCUGACAUGCCUGAUGCUCUGUGCGGUUCAUGUCGUCGUGUGCACUUCGACGGAGAGCUCGUGCUAUUUCUGCAGCAUCUCAUGGCUAACAGCCCUUGGAGUGAUCAUGCUGAUUUCCGGGCUUCUCUGCGUCAUUCUCUCUGCCCUGGAAAAGGUGUUUGUGAACCCCAAACAAAUGGCGAAGAAUCCAGCUGCCGCUACUUCCAGCUGGUCUGAAUUUGACGUGCUCAUCCUGGCAGGCACCGUUGGCCACGUGUCAAGUCUGGGCGCUAGCAGCUUCAUUGAAGAGGAGCACCAAACGUGGUACUUCCUCGUCAGUACCCUCUGCCUUGCCCUCUGCCAGGAGACCUGCAGGCACUAUUUCUUGGCUAAAGACUGCGAUCUUCAGCUUCCCUCGUCAGUCAAAGCAAACCCUGAAGAAGUCAAAGGAGCCCACCACCACCACAGGGAUGAUGCUGGCUUCCUGCAGGAUGCCCCGAAAACGGGCAAGGCUGCCAACUCUGAGAGCACGAGGGGCUCCGAGAAGUGGAUGGUGUUGGCCACUCCAUGGGUUGUCCUCGUUUGCUGCCGCUUGCUUCGCUCGCUUAAUCAGACUGGGGUUCAGUGGGCUCAUAAGCCAGAUUUUGGCCACUGGUUGACAAGUUCUGAACAUAAAGCUGAACUUUCUCUCGUGGCAUCUGUAUCUCUAGUUAUGAUUUUUAUUCUUGUGCAGCGGAGAUGUUCUCUGGUUUCAAAAAUAGCAAUGGCACUUGGACUCUUGGGAGUGUACAGUUACCGGGCAGCCAUUGGAAAUGUGGAAUUUCCAUGGCAACGAGACAGCAAAGAUAUUUCAAAGGGCAUAAUUGAAGCACGUUUCGUCUACGUCUUUGUUCUUGGCAUCGUCUUCACAGGCACCAAAGACUUGCUCAAAUCUCAGGUUCUCUCAACAGAUGCUAAGACAAAGUUUAUAGGAUUGUGGGAAAUCUACAGUGGGUUGGUCCUGCUGGCUGCGCUCUUACUCAGGCCUCACAACUUGCCCGUGUUGGUCUUCUGUCUUCUCAUCCAAGCCAUGAUGACAAAGUACGUCUGGAAGCCGCUGGAGUAUGAUGCAGCUCAAGUUACCAUCAUGCAUUACUGGUUUGGACAAGCAUUCUUCUUUUUCCAGGGCAACUCAAACAGCAUUGCGUCUGUGGACGUUUCGGCUGGCUUUGUCGGGCUUGAUAACUACGUGGAAAUCCCGGCCAUCUUCCUAACUGGAUUUGCGACGUACUCUGGACCUUUGUUGUGGGCCAUUCACUUGCUGUGCUAUUUGAGCUCCGAAGUGAGCAGGAAUCCUUCCGCCAUGGGGCACGGCUGCUUCUGUUACGCGCUGCUGCGCUCCAUCCCGGUUGCCGUGUACAUCAUCCUGGUCACGGGCCUGCGGUACCACCUCUUCAUCUGGAGUGUUUUCUCACCAAAGCUUCUCUACGAGGGGGUGCAUGUCUUCAUCACGGCAGGCGUGUGCACAUUCUUCACAGCCAUGGAUCACAACCACUUGCGUAAAGUCCAAGACUGAAAGCAACCGUUAAGGCAGAGUCUUGCAUAAUUUCGAGCGACGGACUGAAUUUCCGCUAUGGAAUGUGGAUUCUUGCCUUUAGAUUGAUAUUUAAAAGUUAACUGGGUAAUCUAUUUUUGGCAAACAUGUUUAUACAUGCAUACAUAUCUACACACACACACACACACACACACACACACACACAUAGACACACACACGUUGCAUUGCAGAGUCUGUCUUGAAGUGCUGUUCCGAGCGUAUAAGGCCAGACAGUGGGGAACUGUAUCUAAAUUACAGUUGGACUGUAAAUGGAUUGUUAGAUUGCAUCCCUUCCAUGCCAGUUUUCAUUGCCUGCCUUAACUACAGUUAAGCAUCACAUUGGCAUAGAUGUUGAUUGCAAUGGAAACUAGCCAGGCUCUGUUCUCCGUCUUACUAAACCAGAGUUUGAAGCUGGUUAACAGGCACUGGUCAAGUGGACAUUUGGCUUGACUUAACUAUGAUUAAUACCCAUUGCUGACUAUUAAAUGGUGGUUAUAGUAAUCAGUGGCAAUUGGUGCUGGAAGAGGUCACAGGCUGCCCCCAAUUUCUUAAUUGGACCACAGUUGUCCAUGUUGUGUAUCCACUAUCUGGGUUAGAACAUCUGAACAGGGUCAUCUCUUGAGAAGUUCUUACUGGUCUUCAUUCCUUCAUAUUGGAGUUUAGAUGAAAAUCUACCAGGCUUUAACAGAUUGCUGGGGAUAGGGUUCUCUCUAUCACUGGGACUGUAUGUUGAAAUUUUAUUUCACUCCUGCACUGCAUUUCUCAUUUGUUAAUCAUAACUUGAAUAAGUAAAGUUUUUAUCUCCUUAUCCAAUUCCAUGGAGUGCUGGCUGAUGAGCCUCACUCAAAAGGUUAAAACUGUGAAAAAGAUUUGCUCCAAACCAAUUACUUGUAUUUUUGUUGUUGUUCCUUUGAUAUACUCGGAACAUGGUGGCUCACAAUGUGACAGGAUGCUGUGAACUGGAGAUUAGACAUACACACAUACAUUUAUACACACAUGCAUCACAGUUUUAUGAAUGUAGCUCUCACAGUUUCCUGUAGUUUUCUGCAAACAGCAGUCAAAGAAUAUGAAAGCACUCUGGCAGGCUUAAAAGUGCUGGCAUAUCUGUAAAUAUGUGUGUGAAAUUCUUUAUAAGCAUUACUGGAAUGUGUUUUUUUAUAGGGAAAAGCAACUAAUUUCAUUAUUUUUGAUAGCUGAAUUGUAGCAUGGAAAUGUUACAAGUUUUAUAUGUAAUUAUAUAAAUAAGCUAUCGGCGAAUGUCAGUAUGCUUGCAGCUGACAGCAAGCUUUGCUUAAGAAAUGCAAAAUGUAUGUUU